GCUCGUCGCGGUCGUGUGUGUCUGGUGUACUGAGAAAAAAUACAUUUUAGGGCCGCAGCCUAACGAAAAGUUCGUGUAAUUAUUAUACAAUGCUCGUAUUUGUAUUCGCGCAUCAAAUCGAAAUAGGCUAAGCCGUGCUAUCUAACCACAUAUGUACGAAAAAGUUAGCUGAAUUACCGCCUACCAACGAAAAUAAUAAAUAGUAUAAAUAAUAUGUAUAAGAUUAAUACAAGGUUAAAUAUAGUGCUUAAACGGUGAACAUUGCGGUUUCAAACGUCUUUUUUGCAUGUCUUCCUCACCUCCGUGUUUUUUAACCAACAAAAACCCACAACAGCAAUAACAACAACACCAACGAAUGGAUUGAAAUAAAAAAACAAGCACUUUUGAGAGCGUGAGAGAGCGAGGCAGAGUAGCAAAAGCAAAAAAGAGAGGCGUCGGCUAACAGCUUAUCAUUUGACAAAGCACGAGCAAGAAGCAGAAGCAACAGAAGAAGGAGAGGGAAAGGAGACGGAAAACCAAAAACGCUGAUUGCGCUGAAAUACUCAAACUAUAGAAAACACAUUAAUAACUGUACAUAAACAAAAGUUGAGUGCUGAAAAACCAUAUUAAAAGCAGCUACUCAAAGUACACUAUACAACACUGGGUCGAGGUACGUGCAAUAUGCGUAACGGUAUUCGGGAACGCGCGCGUGCCACGGAACGCACUGAAUUGAUACGGAACGUGUGGAAUCUAUAAUGCAACAACAACAACAAAAUCACAAGAAAUACAACAGCAGGUUGAAGGAGCAGAAGACGAAACAAGAACAAUAGCAAGAAAGAAGAGGAACAUUUGGAAAAUGUUGUUGUUGCCGUACACUGAAGAAAAUGCAUCGUUUUCUUAACAUCCAGCAAAAUAUCAAAUUACGCAACUAUCAUCAGUUACUUUUGUAUUUUGUCGCUGCUGCUGGAAGACGGGCGGAAGUAAGAGGAAGAGCACGAGGCAAAGGAACCGGAACCGGAAGAAGAAGCGGUCGCAACGGAAGUAGUAGUAGUAGAAGAAGAGGAAGCAGAGCGGCAGCAGCAGCAAAAACAGCAACAGUAACGUUCAAAGCAAACGCGACGCAUCGCAAACGCAACUUAACGUAACGCAACGCAACGCAACGCAACACCGCACGACGUGAAGAGUAGUUGAAGCAUAAUAGUAAUAAUAUUGUUAGCCCAAUACAUUAACCCAACGCUGCCACUGUUCCUAAGACAUCAUCCACAACAACAACAACAAAAAACAAACGGAAGAUUAAGAAAACAUUUAAAAUAAGCGUAGCCCGUAGCCGUAACCGUAAACCGUAACGUAAACGCAAGAAGAAAAACAAAACUACAGAAACACAACAAACCCUAUGCCAAUUUUGAUCAUCAAAUCGUUUUGCACGUAACAUAAACUCACUCCCAUAAGCGAUCCAUCAACAAAAACACCUAAAACAGCAAAAAGCAAAACGUUGUUUUAGAGCCCAAAAUCCCAGAAACCAAAAACCGAUCUCGCCCCUUGCCACGCACACCAAAAAACCACACACACACACAUAAAAUAAAAAACAAGGAACAAAAUAGAAACGGAAAAUAAAAGGCUGGCCAAGGAAAGCGGAAAAAUAUGGCCACACCUCAAGUCAAGGACUUGGUGUUGCGCUCGCCCGCUGGCUCCUCCGAUGUCAUUUCCUUCGCCUGGCUGCAGAUCGGACAUGGACAGGAUAAGCAUGAUAAUGGCAUCGACAUUAUCGACACCAUUAAGUUUGUCUGCGAUGAACUGCCAUCGAUGUCAUCGGCCUUUGAGGAGACCAAUCUCAAUCAAAUUGACACUGCCUGCUAUAAGACUAUGACCGGACUGGUCGAUCGCUUCAAUAAGGCCGUCGACAGUAUCGUUGCGUUGGUAAGAAAAGGAACUUCACUGCCCGCCGAGCGCCUAAACAAGUUCGCUCACCCUAGCCUUCUAAGACAUAUUUUGCAAUUAGUUUACAAUGCUGCCGUACUCGAUCCGGAUAAGCUCAACCAGUAUGAGCCCUUUUCGCCGGAGGUUUAUGGCGAGACGAGCUACGAGCUGGUGCAGCAGAUGCUCAAGCACGUCACCGUCGGCAAGGAGGACACGUUCAUUGAUCUUGGCUCGGGAGUGGGCCAGGUCGUCCUCCAGAUGGCCGGAUCCUUUCCCCUAAAAACCUGCAUUGGCAUUGAGAAGGCGGAUACGCCGGCACGUUAUGCGGAGCGCAUGGAUGUGUUUUUUCGUCAGUAUAUGGGUUGGUUUGGGAAGCGCUACUGCGAAUACAAGCUAAUCAAAGGCGACUUCCUGGUGGACGAACAUCGGGAGAAGAUCACCUCCUCAACACUGGUAUUUGUAAAUAAUUUUGCCUUUGGGCCGACGGUGGAUCACCAGCUGAAGGAGAGAUUUGCGGAUCUGAGAGAUGGAGCGAGGGUCGUAUCCUCCAAGUCGUUUUGUCCACUGAACUUUCGGAUUACAGACAGAAACCUCAGCGACAUCGGCACCAUUAUGCAUGUGAGCGAGAUCCCGCUCAAGGGCUCUGUGUCCUGGACCUGCAAGCCCGUUUCGUAUUAUUUGCAUGUGAUCGAUCGCACUAUACUGGAGCGAUACUUUCAGCGCCUGAAAACGAAAGGCGGUAACGAUCACGAUAGUGUGGGAACUGUGCGCACCACUCGCGAUCGUGCCAAGCGUGAGGCAAACGUUGGCCAGCAUCACCAUAAUCACAAUAACAACCAUCAUAAUAACAGUAACAAUCACGCCAACAACAACCACAAUCAUCAGCGGGAGCGGGAACAGUCGAACGGAGCCAUCAACACCGGUGCCCAACUGCAACAACAGCAGCAGCAGCAGCAGCAGCAGCGUCUUCAAUCGCAGUCGCCGGCCAAUGUCAGCGGCGGCGGGGGACUAACGGUUGCCAUUGGGCAUCCAGCAGUCUCAAAGACACGCCAGCAGCAGCAGCAACGCAGCCUCGACAUGGAGAGCAGCACGGAGAGCGAUGGCGAGGCGGCUAAUGGCAAUGGAGGCAACACCACCACGGCCACCAAUACCACAUCAGCUUCGAAUGGCCCAAUGACGCGGAAGGUUUGGUCCGAUUGGUGCAGUUCCAAGGGCAAGAGUUCGCAAUCGGAUGACGAGGAGAACAACAAUUCCAAUAGCAAUGGAGGUGGAACUGGACCCGGUGCCGGAGGAGCUGUUGGCCGUCAGGCACGUGCUGCUACCCAAAAGAAGCGCAAGAAGCUGACCAGGAAGGCGGCGAUAGCUAGUAAGUCGGCAGCGGCCGCUCAAAGGGAAGCAGAGGCAGCGGCUGCUGCGGCGGCUGCCUCGGCAGCGAUGGCCAGCAAGGACUCCAGCUCCAAGGAGGAUCAGCCAAGGGCUGCCAGUGCGGGACCCGGUCGCAAGGGACGCUUGAAGAAGGGAGCCCGAGGCAGGAAAUCACUGAAAAUUGUUGGCCUCGAGGCGCUGCAUACGCAAACGGUCUUGAGUACAUCACUGGAUGCCAUGACCAAGAAGCUGCCAGCGGCGCCAGGAACCGUGGAUCAGCAGCUGACGGCACUGCUCACGGAGAAUAUGGCGCAUACGGAGCUGGAUAUACCGACGGCGCCACAGGACACACCAUAUGCCCUACAAAUCCUGCUGGAUGUGUUCCGCUCACAGUACAUGGCAAUGAUUGAGCACAUGAAAUCCAGUGCCUAUGUGCCGCAGGUCCAGAAGCAGAUUGCCCAGGAGCAGGAGAGGAUGGCGCGGUUGAAGAAUCGAGCCAACCAGCUGGACAAGCAGAUCAAGGUGCUGAUCAAUGACAGUGUUGCGUUGCUCAAGGUGCGAAUGAACGAGCUGGGCAUCCAUGGUAACUCCUCGAAUGACCUCAUUGCCCAGGCCAAGGAGAUUGUGGGCAGGCACAAGGAUCUCCAGCACACUGUCAGCCGGAUGCGGAACGAGGUCACCUUCUACGAGGGCGAACAGAAGCAUCUACUGAAGAACCAGUUAAAGAAUCUGCCCGAAUACCAGAAACUCUGCGGCGGUGUCAAUGGCAAGGUGAAGCUAGAGGUGCCACCAGAACUGUCUGAAACCACGGCCCAAGAGCUGGUCCUUAAGGAAAUCGCCAAUACGCUCAGCCAGCGCAAGAAGCUCUACGCCCAGGUGUCCACCAUUGAGCAAGAGACGACGGUUUUGCAGAAAACGGCGGAGGAACGUUCCACGGCAGCCACGCUUCUGGCGCAGGGAACCAAUAUGAUGACUGUGCCCAACAGCGGAGCCUCCGCUUCGUCCUCGUCCGCGUCCACGACCUCCUCCACUACCACUUCCACCCCACUGUCGAAUCCGCUUACCGUGCCAACAAACAAUAAAUUAAAUAACGCGAAGAACUCUCGACGCAGUCGCGAGCACCGCGCCCGAUCACAGGAGUGGCCAGAGGUGCCCGAGGUGGGCAAGAUUCAGGAAAGCAAUCCCGAAGUGCUUGCCCAGAAGAUCGUGGAAACCUGCCGUCAAAUCGAGGCGGGUAAGUUCCAGGGUGGAGCAGCAGUGCCAGCUUACCAGGUGAAUGGUAAGAAUAAGGUAAUUUUGGAGGCACCACAACCACCGCAAGCGCCGCCAGCUGCUCCAGUAAUGAGCAUCAAAUCCUCACCUGGCCACCACUACAAGGACAGCACUCUGAUGCCAGCUCCCAAGCAACAGCAGCAGCAACAGAUGACGACGCCCUCUUCCCUGCUGCCCAAGUGUGAGUUGCCGGGACUUUCGGCCGGAAGUCGAAAGCAAGAAUCACCCAAGGUGGCCAACUUUGAGGAUCGGCUGAAGAGUAUCAUCACCACAGCCUUGAAUGAGGAUCAGGAGCAGCGCAGCAAGGCGGUCGAUCCUAUACCUUCGCCCUCUCCACUCCACAGUCCGGCGCCCAAGCGAUCUAAGCAACAGCAGUCGAGCGGCGGAGCCAUGAAUCCCACCCAGUCGCUGCCCAACAAUCUGCACAACAUCAUCACGGUGUCGACGCAGGGUCUGAUGCAUCUGAAUGCCAACACAACAAUAUCCCCGAUAACGCCACCAUUACCGGGUCCUGGAGCCGGAGCUACAGCCUCAACGGCGCCGCCACCGCCAGCGAAUCUUCCGUAUGGAGCCUAUGGCGGAGCAGUGGGCAAGGUUCCGGGAUCGAGCAAGUAUCAGCAGGCAGCCAAGGAGCCCAAGUAUGCGCCACCACCGCCGCCGCCGCCGCCAUCCCACAUGGCAGCCUUGUAUUCCGCGGGACAGCAGCAGACGACCACGCCCGCAGACUUGGCCUAUCAGCAGAGGCGACGCAGCUCCGUGAGUGCCAGCAGCUAUGAACACUUCAUGGUCCAGCAGCAGCAGCAGCAACAGCAACAUGCUCUCAUGCUGGCGGCAGCCGCUCAUGCUGCACAGCGUCAGCAGAUGCGCGUCGAGCAUCAGCACCUUCAGCACCACCAUCAUCAUCCGAAUGAGUUUAAGGCGCCGCCAGCUGAUAAUCUUCACCUGCAGCGUUCGAGUAGCCGGGAGCAGUUGAUUGUGGAGCCGCCGCAACAGCAGCCACUGGAACUGUUGCCCCGGGCCAGUUCUGCUAACUCUGAUUAUGGUGGCUAUCGUAUCCGUCCCCGCAGGCCGAGCUCCAACUCGUCCCAGCCGGAUUACACUCAAGUCUCGCCCGCCAAGAUGGCCCUGCGUCGGCAUUUGUCGCAGGAGAAACUAAGCCAGCAUGUAACGCCACAGGCCACGCCACCACCGCCACCGGGACAGGGAGGCCCCACCGCGGCCACCUCGGGCAAGACUAUCGGUGAUCUGGUUAAUGGAGAGAUCGAACGCACCUUGGAGAUCUCACAUCAGAGCAUCAUCAAUGCAGCUGUGAACAUGAGCACCGGCGGUGCUCAUUUCAUGGAGCGGACCACCUUCCUGAACGACAGAUCCAACGAUCGGCUGCUGAUUAACCUUAAUGCCCAGCGACCGGAGCGAGUGCAUGUUCGUCCGCUCUCUGACGAAUCCCAGGAGCCGCAUCCCACCAGCUAUGCUCAGGAAAGAGGAGCAGGUCCUCAGGCGACAGGAGGAAACAGCAAUCUGCCCACUCUGGCUCAUGUGGCCUAUGUCCAGAAGGCGCAGGCAGGUGCAGUCCGAGCGAACUCGGCAACAGCACCACCUCCAGCCGGUCACUCCUCCUCUGCUCGUUCGGGACGAGACUAUCAGCCGGUGGCUUUGCCCCGUGCGGAGCUCAAGGGCAGCAUUGAGGCCUACUUCCACGAGGAGCAGCAGCAGCAGAAGCAGUCAAAGGGCGCCGGAUCGACAGGAGCGUCUGCCUUGCGUGGAACACGUCUUAAUGGCGCCAAUCCGCCAUUGGAGGGUCUAGCUGCUUCACUGCAGGAUCAUGUGCGUGCCCGGAAGUACAAGGAGGAGACCGAGGAACGUCAACGCCGGGCUGCAGCCGCCGCUUCGUCAUCGUCGUCAGCAGGAGUACCGCACUCUGGCUUGGAUAUGGCAGCUCACUAUGCCCACCAGGCGCCGCCAGCUCAUAGCUACCAUCAUCAUCAUCACCAUGGCGCCAGUCUCAAUGGAACGCCGCACAAAGUGGAGCUUGGAGUAAAGCGAAGCUCGCCGUUGGCACCGCAUCAGCAGCCGCCACGGCCCUCGAAGCUGGCACACUAUGAGCCGCCGCAGCAGCCACAGCAUCCACAGCAGCACCACCAAGCCCAUUUGUACGCCAACGGGCAAGUGUUGCCACCGCCGCCACCAGCUCAUGAUGCUACAACGCCCUCACCGACGCCCUCUUCGUCAUCGUCGUCCUGCGGCAGGCGCAGCAAUAGCAACAACAAUGGCAAAAUGCUGGUGAAUCCACCUCUCCUUAUGAGCCCCGAGAUCAACUCGCUGAUGGGCGAUGAGCGACCGCUGCAUCUGUCGCAUCACGCGCAGCAGCAACAGCAAAUGCUUCAUCACCAUCAAUCGCAGCAGCAGCAGCCACAUCUGCAGCAGCUCAGAGUGCCACAUCUUGGACAUGGUCAUGGUCAUGGACAUGGUCACAGCCACAGCACCACGCCAACCUUGGGCGGACAGCGUAGUAGUGCUAAUGCCGCCGACGAUGAUGAUGUUAUAGCCGCCGAUGACGAGUCCCACUGGCAGCAUCGCGUCAGUUCCGGCUUCGACCGCUUGGUGGCCUUCGCCAGCACGGAGUUGGAUAAGACGCGUCGCAGCAUCGAUGGCAUCGACACGGUUCCAGCCUCAAUCAGUUGCAACACCUCACCGGACUCUGGUAUUACGCACAGCAGCAGCAACUCGGAUGCGGUGCGCACAUUCCUGUCCACCUCGUCCAGCUCCUCGUCGCAACUGGAACUGCCCAUUGGCAGCGGUGGUAGCAGCAGCAAUAACAGUCUCUACAACAAUAGCAGCGGCGUCGGCGGUGGAAACAGUGGUACGAGCCAUCAGCAGCAACAAUUACAGAUGUUGCAGGUUCAGCAACAACAGCAACAGCAGCACCAGCACCUUACAACCGAUCACCUGAGCGACAGCGGUAGCAUCAAGUCUUCGGCAUCCUCGUCGUUGCAUGGAGCUGGCAGCAGCUCUUUGAAGACAGUUUCACCAGUGGAUCCCAGUGCCAUCGAAUCGCCGCCGCUGUCGGACGUUGGAUUGCCCCGUACACCCAGUCCCAGUGCUGCUAGUGUGGCUACGCCACCUCUGGCCAGUGGUCCACCUCCCUCCGGUGGAGAUAUUGCUGGAAUACCGCUAAAGUAUCAGCGGAAGUCGAAAAGCGGCUCAGAGAAGCACUACAAGAAGAAGUUCUGCGAGCGGAACUGGGAGUACGACUGCGAUGAGCUGCUGGCCUACUCCAACUCAAGUGCACCGCCGACAGCGGCCGAUGCGGCGGGAAAUGGGCCACCUAACCUGGUGGAAACGGCCACAAGUGCAGGAAUCGUUGCUGCUUCUGCUGCUGCACCACUUCAGCUGGGAAAGUCCGGCAAGUCACCAAAGGAGAAAUCAUCGCCUCACCACAACAGCGGGUAUAAUCAUCACCACAAAUCCUCGAAAUUCCGGCCAAAGGGCAAGGACUGGGACUGGUCGAUGGACAGUCGCAGCCAGACGGGCGACCACCUGCUGCCCCAGAAUAUAAACAACUCCACGACCACCACAACGAGUAAUUAAUUUAGUAAACUAAUUUAGUUCAAUUUUGCUGAAGGAUGAAGGACGAAGCAUGAAGGCGGAGGGCAUGCGACCCGAUUGCUGCUUUUUAGCCAGAUUAAUUGUACAUUUUGGAUCUGCGAACGGAGAUGAUGAUCCCUGUGAAUUAUAUAUAUUGUAUUUUUUGUAAUUUUAACUAAAUGAAUUGCGUACGCAUGUAGCAAACUAAUUUGUAUAGCACAGCUCUCCAUUA